AUGCAAACCUUCGACGGCAACAUCGAUGAUUGGUUGAGCUUCCGUGACCUGUAUUUGUCGCUCAUACAUAGGAAGGCAGACUUACCGGAAGUGGAAAAAUUCCACUACCUCAAAGGGUGCUUGGCAGGCGAAGCCAAGUCACUAGUGGAUCCGCUGCCAAUUACGCGGGAGAACUAUCAGGUCGCGUGGGACUCUUCAAUGAAACGCUAUAACGAUAGCAAGCAGCUUAAGCGUCGUCAAGUUCAGGCGCUGUUCAAGUUACCGAAGCUGGCUAAGGAGUCGGCUACCGAGUUGCGGUCCCUACUGGAGGGCUUCGAGCGGUUUAUGCAGACGCUAGAUCAGCUAGUUCAACCUGUUGAAUAUAAAGAUCUGCUGCUGUUGGACGUCCUAUGCGCGCGACUGGAUCCGAUAACUAGAAGAAGCUGGGAAGAACUAUCCUCAACUAAGGAGCAGGAUACGAUCAAGGAUCUAACUGAUUUCAUCCAACGUAGAGUGAAAGACCUUGCUGCUCUACCAACCAAGUCCUCGAUUUACAAGGAAGAACUUCCUCAACAAAAAAGGGCACCGUUUCGGCACUUGAGCUACACCAGUGUUCAGAGGGAACGUUGGGGCUGUGUAGCGUGCCCAGAAGAUCACCCACUAUAUCAAUGCCCGAGAUUUCAACGGAUGUCUAUACCCGAUCGAACCAAGGUGUUACGGGAUAACGGGCUCUGCCGGAACUGUUUUAGGCAUGGCCAUUGGGCGGUGGAUUGUUCAUCCCCAUAUACAUGCCGGAACUGCAGAGGUAAGCACCACACUUUGGUAUGCUCACUAACCCCAUCCAACGGAAGUAGAAACGGAUCACCGACGCUCCGAGCCCCUGCAGCGAGCAGAAGUACCCAUUCCGAAAGGCCGACUACACAAGGAGGAACACCAGCGCAGGUGUCAUCCAAUGUAACCGGAACAAAGGUAUCGUCGAUACUCCUUGCAACGGCCGUUAUCCUAGUGGAAGGAAUAACGGAGUUCGUGUUCCGGCCAGAGCGCUUCUAG